UCAUGUGCUAACAUCAACUCACGUACCUCUCUUGAAAGAAAAAAAAAUAGACAGGAUCGACUUUAUCUUGCUGCUCGUCUUCUUGAGUAGUUUCGUUGUUAAUUUUAAGUGAAAAUGAACUGCAAGGUGAUUUGUGUUGUGAUUGCCUUCUCGGUUGCCGUUGUCGUCGGCGGACCUGUGGUGGAAGAUCCGAAACCCCAUAUCAAUUCGGUUCAUUCUAAUGAACCGGCAAUUGAGGAGUCCUUGCUGAAGAAACUAAACAACAAAUGCUCGAACAGAGACGUAUCGUCGUGCAUGAUGCUGAAGCUGGUGACUUACUUCAAUAGGUUGAUGAAGAAAUCUCAGAUCGAGUUCGGGGAUAUCGAAAUUACUCAAACCUCCACAGAGACGGUCGCUGUCGACACAUCGAGAAGCCUGAAGGACGUUGAGAACAUGUCAGAAGAGAGUCAAAUGAUUGAAGUCGUCGGAGACAAGUUGUACAAUUUCUUGAGGACGAGGUCGCUUAAAUGGAAGGUAACGGAUGGAGCCGACGUAGUAAUUGCAGGAAACACGGACCCCAGUGGAGGCCUUAACUUGGGAUUUUCCAUUCGCCCUUCAGAAGGGGGAGUCGAAGAAGGUAGAAAGAAGAAAGACAAAGAUAACAAUAUGGGAGCGUUGAUGGCUGCCGCUGUUAUGAAGAUCGGUAUCCUGAAAGCUCUCGCGUUUAAAGCGUUGGUACUCCUGGUCGGAAAGGCGCUGCUAGUCAGCAAGCUCGCCUUGGUCCUCGCCGUUAUUAUCGGACUUAAAAAAUUACUAAGUCAAGAGAAGCACGUGACUUACGAGGUAGUAGCACAGCCACACCACGAUCACCACGAGCACCACAUCAGCUCCGGCGGUCACGACAGCUACGGAGGCGGCGGUCAUGGAGGUUGGGGCAGGAAUUUUGAUCCCAAGGAAGCCCAGAACCUGGCCUACAGCGCCCACGUACCUGCCAAUUAGCCGCACGAGUGAUAUUUACUUUUGAAGAUACUCAAGCUCCGUUACCACCAUAUUGGUGCCUAUUUAAGUUAAUUUAUUUUUUGCGUUUCUUAACUUAUUUCCAGCGACCGUUGUUACUUUUCUUCCCCGGAAGAAAUCAAUAAAA